AUUAAUUUAAUUCUAUCCCUAAUUAUAGAUAUAACACUCGCACUACUUUUGGUUUCAAUUGCAUUCUGACUGCCACAACUAAAUAUAUAUACAGAAAAAUCCAGCCCCUAUGAAUGUGGCUUCGACCCAACAGAAUCAGCUCGCCUGCCAUUCUCCAUAAAAUUCUUCCUAAUUGCUAUCACCUUUCUCCUAUUUGACUUAGAAAUUGCUCUUCUUCUCCCUCUUCCCUGAGCUACCCAUACAACGAACCUUAGCCUUAUAUUAACUAUAGCCCUAGCCCUUAUUACUAUUCUAGCCCUAGGCCUCGCAUAUGAAUGAAUCCAAAAAGGACUUGAAUGAACUGAAU